AAUCAAUUCAAGGAAGCUCCUGGAAAAGAAUGUGUUGUUUAUGAAGGUGUUCGUAGCAAUGUUAAGGGUGUUAUUCAGUAUGAGCUACCUGCUAGUUCAAUGUCUAAUGAGGAAAUCCGUUCAAUCGCUAUUGAUGAAGUUUAUGAGAAGUUUUUGCUCAUGAAAAGAGAUUUGGAAGUGGUAUCAAACUUCUACAUGGAUGAGUUGAAAGUCUUAUUUCAGACUCAUAAACUUAAUGAUGCUUCCACUUUGAUACCUCCAAUCUCCCAAACUGAUUUAUUCUUUAUGGAUCCUCGUGUUCAUGAAAUUGUUGAUGAGAUUGUGUCUCUUGUAAGUUGGGUAAAGAUGCUGAUAUUGAUGAUAACGGUGCACCUGCAAAAGAGAUUAAUGUUGUAGUUGGUGAAGUUCCAAGGAUAGGUUUUGAGCAUGUUUUGAGUAAUGGAAAAUCUAAAUGUUCCCUUGCUAUGGAUGUUAGUCUCCAGGAAUUUACCAUGGUUUCAAUCUCAAGCUUUUUUACUGGAAGUUGCAAACAAAGAUAGUAACACACAAGACAUUGACAAGCUAUUUGACAUUUGGUCAAGAUGGUUGUUCAUUCCUUGCAAUGAUUUUGAUAUUGCAAAUGUUGAGUUGAUAUUUGUUCCUAUACUCUUGAGUGAGCACUUUUUCCUAAUUGUUGUGAAUUUGAAGGAAGAAAAGCUUCAGUUCAUUGAUAAUAUGAGUUAUGAUACAAAGUACAUGAGUGAGGUUGAGAAGUUCUCUAAUGUUCUGAGUGAUAUGCUGAGUACUUUUCUUGAUCAACGCCUUCCUCAAAGUAAUGACUCAGUGAAGAACAUGGUUGAGUAUACUUUGGAGUCGCCUUCUCUAAAUUGGAAAUCUGGAAAACAGAAGAAUAAUGAUAGUGGCAUUUAUACUAUGGUCAGCAUGCUUUACUUUGAUGGAGCUGAUAUGUUCAACUGCGAUGUUUUGAAAACGGUUUCAACUAGACGGGCAUUGAGAGCUCGGAUUGCUGCUACUCUGGUAUUGUCUGAUAUGAACACUGUCAGAGAUGAAGUUCUUAAAAAGCUAUCUGAAUUCAGAUUAAUAAGGAGUCAAGAUGCAAAAGAUGUUUUUGAUGGGAUGAAGAAGAAAACAAAGCAAGGUAAAAAGGAAAAGAAAGUAUAGGCAGGCUAACAAAUAUGCGGAUGAAGUUUUUUGCUUAGAAUUUUUUUGCACAAAAGUAGGAAAUCUAAUGUAAUGAUGUAGUUUGCAUCAACAAAUGGAUAAUCUAACGAAUUUGUAUAAGUGUUAAUGUAGAACAAUAUGAUAUGAUUUCAGUUCAUACAAAGCUUUUGAAUUGGUGGUAUUGGUAGUUCUUUUGAUAUGUAAUCCUUAAUUGACAUUC